AUGCUGUACAAGGUUGUGGAUGCGAUUCUGAAACGUGACCAUUCGGAUGACACAGCACAACUGAACUACCUUCCUGUACAUAACACCUUUUUUGUUGAGCAAGGUGUUUAACUUUAGAGUCUGUGGAUGGCAUUUAAAGUUCUAAUAUGUGUUACACAUCUUUAGCUGCACCGCUUUCACGGAAUCUGUUUGUUUUCAGCUGUUCAACUGUUCAACUGUUUGUUAAUUAUAGUUAAUUUUACAGAAAGCAAUAUCCACUGCCCGCAGUUAGCAGAUUAGCUAGUCGAGGCGAGCAGUGGUUACAUGUAUGUGAUUUAUAUAGAUAUACAAAUAGCUCACAAGAAAGACUAGAGUAAAACAGUAAAAUAUGUAAAGUAAAUAAAUAAAAGUAAAUUCAAUUCAGUUAAGUUUACAAUCAUAUACAUUGCAAAUAUAAGAAGCCGAGUUUUCAGGAAAUGUUUGUUAUUAAAGCGGGUAAAUCAAUAUUAAUAAUCAUUUUCUUCUAAAAGUAUUCGGAGUAAAGUGUCGUGGACAUUGAUUUUAAAGCUAUUUUCGGACAUUUGACGCAUUUCACUAGGUAAACUAUUCCAGAUUUUUACCACAUCCUGAAAAAGACUUUGUUUGUCUAACUAUCUUUCAGUGUUUAACAUAAUAGUCACCUCUUGAGGGUGAUCUUGUAUUAUAUGAAUGAAUAUUAGAUUGGGAAGAAAACAAGUUAGAUAUGUUAGUAGGUGUUAAGCUGUUAGAUAUAUCAUGGCUUAGAAUAGCAACGGAUUUAAAGUAGACUAGAUCAAAGGGAAUAAAGCUAGAGGAGACAAAAUAAGGUACUGCAUGAGAAUUGUAGUCACCAAAGAACAUGAGCCGGAGGGCGCGUUUUUGAAGAAAAAGAAUUUUGUUUUUGUACGUUUUAGCAUCUUGGCCUCAAGCGACUGUGCCAUACAAUAAGUAGGGCUGGAUAAGAGAUAUGUAUAUGUGAUGUAAAGUAUUCAGGGGUACAAAGUGUCUAAGGCUGGCAAUAAUGCUAAUGUUUUACUUAUUUUUGAAGCGAUGUGGGCGAUAUGGUAUUUCCGUCAUUCAGUUCUGAGACUGCUCCAGUCAGGUCAAGUUGGGACAGUUCGUUUAGGAAUUAAUUAAAGAAGUCACGGAACAGCAUUUUUUUACUUUGGAGAUCAAAGAGGUAAUUUGAAGAUUUAAGAAUACAGAAUUGAGAAAAGUGAUCACUUAACAGAGAUUAUAUUACCGCUUGUUAUGUUAUCUUCUUCAUUGCUAGCAAAUAUGUUGUCAAUAUGUGAAUAUGAGUUAUGAUGCACUCUCGGGGUUAAGUUGAAGCUUUGCAAGGAUAAGAUAAAGUUUUGCGCGUAUUUGCAAUCAUAAAAGCGAAGGUGAUUAAUAAUAAAAUCACCCUUCAAAAAGAUUUGCUUGUCAGAGGCGCUGAGUUUUUCGUUUAAUCGAUCAAAACAUAGUUAACUAUGAUCAAAAAAUUCCUGAAAACGCUCUGGGGAAUUAUGCUGCUUCACCGCUUAUUACUCCGCAUAUUAUAUUUGCAUGUUUGGGUAGGUGUAACUCAACCCAAAGGGCCUGAAAAGCCUCAUUAGAACAUUUUCGAUAAUUGUGUAUUUAAGAUUCUCAUCAAUAUACGUGCGAACACUCCAGCCGAAAGAGGUGCUGGCACAUGUUCGAGUUAUAGUGGGGUAUAGCAGGAUAAAAAACCAGAUUAUUACACGCAUUUUUUAUUCUAGUUUCUGUGUUACCUAAAAUAUUGAAGCAAAAACUAAUUUCAUCUAAUAGAUGGGUUUGGAAAUUUUCCAUAUUACGUUUUAAGCUUCGGAUGUAAAGUAUGAAAAAAUGAAAAACUAGAAUUUGAAUUGGAAGACAUAUUUAAAUGUCUUUUUAAUUGGGAAAAGCUGUGUGGAGAGUAAUACUUACACCUAACGGUUGGGAUAUAGGCGCUGAGGUCCUCAGAUUUCUUGUCUAAAAACACUAUUUGGAGUGAAUAAAUCUAUAUCGUGAAAGCUUGGUAAGGGAUCAAGAUAUUUUUUUGGUGGGAGGACAAGCGUCGAGACUGUUAUUGAACUGACCAUGAGAGAAUAUGAGAUCGGAGAGCUUUGUUUACCUUAGUUUGAUUCACAGCUUAUCGUAGUCCUUAAAUAUAAUCUCUUAACUUCUUUAUCCGUAGCGGACAGCAAAAUUGUUCUUGUCCAGUUAUUAAGCAGAAAGUAAUUUAAAAGUGGUUUAGUAUUAAAUCUGAUGUUAGGCCUUCAUGUUAUUAAAUCUGGAUUAGAAGGUUUACAAAGUAGAAGGCAUUGAAUCAGCAUUGAUUUUGGUGGUCUGGACACAAACCUAUCAGAUCAUAAUAUAAUCGCUGCGAUCGCUGAGUUUUCCGUUCAGUUAACAAUCCACAAUAUAGUGAGGUCAUCAGUAAUGUAGCUGUAGGUAGAGAGAAUAUCAAGGGAUAGAAACUAGCGGGAUUAAGCCAUGUCUGCGAGCACAGUAAUACAAGCUCCCCUAAAUAACAGUAAUAUAUAUACAUAUAAUGGUACUGUUUAUUCUCUAAAAGGGUGCCUAUACAGCUAUGCUUUAUUCAAAGAGGUCAAGGUUUACAUUGGUGUUGUUUAUCGCAUACAGUGCUGUGGCGCUUAAAGUGCACACCCCCUACAAAAUUCUGGCCUUAAAAGACCACUAAAGAAAUGAGCCGUUUUUAUAAGUUGGUGGAUAAAUCUUAAGUUUUUUUGUAAAAAUGGUUUCCGUCGCUUUGUGGUUCUUAUUUUCGGUUUUGAAUUUUUUUUCUUUUUCAGGCUUCUUUGCGCAAUUGCAUACAUUGCGUUCACUGCGACGAUCAUUUCUUCAUUAUCAUUUUCGGUUCUGUUUAUUACGCUGUGUUAAGUUCUACUGUUUAUUAAACCCGGGUAAAACAGGAAGGUCUUGCAGCUUUUCACGAAGGAAAAUUUCAAGAAAAACCUCGGGGACCAGGGUACACAAAAAUUGGUGCAGUAGAAUCCUUUUCCGUUUAAGUUAUCACUGGAGACUAGGAAAUCCAAUUAUUAAACUCCCACCUUGAAAUGAUGCGUAGAAAAGUUUCAAAAAUUCCUGUUAUUUUCGAUGUCGGAAAAGAUAUUUGACUGCUGGAAGCAAGUUUUAUUUAAGCCGGUACUGCUUUUUCAGCAGAUGCAAAAAGGAAGUGGACCAUCUACUUUGAGUUCCUUGGUUGGCAUCAGAUUCCUGCUUCCUAUUCAGUUGUGUUCCCUAGUUUAUCUCGUAAGCAGAUGCAGAUUUGCCCUCAGAUUAUUUAUAAGGACAAACACGUUUGUAGAAACAUCAGGCUGGCAGGAAAUCUAAAUGUUUUUUCCUCUAGCUUACUUAGACCUUCAAAUUUUUUUGCGCGGGGUCAAGAAAACAUCCUUUUACACCAAUAUUUUUAUAUGCAACAUAUCUGCAACAUAUCAUACUCGAUCUUCUUUAGUCUAUGGGGUACGCUGUUAAGUUUUACUUCUUCUUUGGCUGGGUCUAAGCAGCUAAUAAUCCGGGCCAUGCCAAACCAAGUCAGCUUCAAAGUUACAUACAUGGCAAGUACUGACUGAACUAGACAUUACCAACCUGACUUGGAAUAAAAAUACCAAAAUUCAUAAAAGGACAAGAAUCACGCGCAAACGUUUUAUCUUUUAAUGUAUUUUAUCUUGUAACUUUAGCUUGUUUUUUCUGUAAUUCUUAUUUAUCCACAUAGUUUAUUUAGUUACUUUACAAUAUUAUCUGUUAUAACUGCUGUAACGUUUCGUCUCCGCCCGCCUCGUCUAGCGUUUGCUAUUUGCUGGCGGAGAUGGCAAAAUGAUGUGUAUGAAACAAAGUAUAGUAUGUGUGUGUUGUACUAAUAUCAAUCUGAUUAAGGCGAGGAACUGUUGAAAAAUUUAAAUCAUUGGGUGUUUUGAAAGGAAGGUAAGAAUUUUUAGCGCAGUCUAGCUCUCCAAAACAAAGGCAUAAUUAACUUCUGUUUCUCCCUUUUCGCAUGUGUGCUUUCGUGCCAGUCCUUCGCAGAUUCUCAGUCUAUUGUACCGAACAGUGCACUGUGUCGAAAUGGACAUUGUGGAGUGAGUUUACAAGAUACGGAAACACGUCCUGUGGAUAAAAAAGAUAAAAAAAAAGAAUUCAUUUCUUUUCGCUUCCAGAAAUGUUUGGAUUAUCAUUUACAUUAAAUGGCUCAAUGCGUGUUUGUGCGGUAUUUUAUUUGUACAGUAAUAUUAUACCGAAAUUCAGAAUAGACUUUGUUCUAUAGACUUUCCGGCCAUCAGCCACAACUGACUUCCCAUGAGAGGUUUUAGGAGCUAUUUAACCUCUAUGUUUAGCUUAUAGCUUCCUAAUAUGCGACAACUAGACUUUGUCUCAGAAGGUCGGCUAUCAUAAUCAAUAUAAAUAGAGUGGCCCCCUCUCAAGUAUUCAUUGUUAUAAUGACCCUAGCCCUGAGGGGAACUGGUAACAAUAGACUUCCUAAAACGUGUAUUUUCACGUUGCUAAGACAAGGAAUUUUAACGACACCCGAACUGAGAAAAUAAAUUCAAAAUCUACUGCUGCUGCACAAGGCAAGGAAUUUUAAUGACACCCGAAAUGAGACAAUAAAUUUAAAAUGUGCUGCUAAACGGAUAAAGCGCGCGCGAUAAAGCCCUUUUGUUUGAAUGGGGAAGUGUGUUUCUCAUUUACAAACAAUUGAUUAGUGGUAUGAUUUACUUAAAGGCCGUAUAAUGAGCAUGACCUUGACGGUACCAACUGAUCAAUGUCAGCCUCACUAUCGUUUGAGUAGUAAUUUUUGAAAUGGAUUUGUAAACAGUUUUUAAAAAAUGUUACCAUCAGUAUCUUUACCGGUCACUUUACAAGCAACUACAGCUAGGUUUUUCUUCCUUCUUCCAGGUUCUUAAGCAUGAUUUAAAAAUGUCUGCAACAAGCACAAAUUAAAAAAAUUCUGUAAAGUGGCUUGCAAGGGCUUUGUCACGCUAAUAGCUAUCUUUAACUUUUUUAAAAAAGAGUCUUCGCAUCAAUCAAAUUCCGAAAAUUUGCAGUUAUGUUAUUGAUGACUAUAUUUAGGCAUCGAAACUCAUUUCUGUCGUCUGUUGCUACGGAUAGCAAUUAGGAAGUGGUCCAACGUUUCCAGUCACGUUUUAAUACUACGCAAAAAUCUUCAAAAUAAUUGUUAUGGUCCGUGCUCCCUGACAUUUUUAUUCCCUAAGCCAACUUUUGCCCUAAGUGAAAAUUAAGCGUUAUGUUGGCUUAGGGGAGGGUGUGUGGGCAGUUCCCCAGAAACGUACGAUGGUCCCUUUGUUUCAUAUCUUCGUCAUAACUACAAAGGAGCAUUUUUUGUGUGGGUAAAGGUGCUAAGUAAUCAGAAUUGAACUAAACAGCAAUAUCUUUGUGACACUUUUUUUUGUUCGAAAGUAGCAAUGACGUUUAUUCAAGGGCACUUAGAGAUAAACAUGCAGGACCAUUUUUAAAAUUGCCCGUAACGCGGAUACUUGGUAUUUUUCUUCGGCUCGUGAUUUACAAGCUUUUCGAGUGUUCUCCCAACAUAACAAGUGGGUUAUCACGCCGGUAAACCCAUAGAAAGUGUGGUCUAUUGCUUUUAUAAAAUAACUUGUAGUAAAAGUAUGAGUUUACCGGCACAAUAAACCAUAGGUUUUUAACCAAUCAGAACGCGCGUACUAUCUUAGUUAUUUUAUAAAUAGUUAAAAACAAUGAAAGGGGGCUAAGUCACGCGCAUAUUGCUGUAAAGUUUUAUGUCAAUGCUGCAGUGAAGUUAUAUGCUUAAACCCAUAAACAAAAUCAGUGGCUAAAUGCACUUUGGGAGACGUGAAGAAGAUAUACAUAUCAAACAAAUUUCAUCAGUGAGUCUCAUGAUCCCUGCCAUCCGUAGCAACAGACCAGAGGAAAAAGUUUGUUUGCUUGAGUAUAGUCUUACGUAACAAAACUGGACCAAUUAUUUGGAAUUUAAUUCAUGUGAGACUUAGAAAGCGUGUCGUUGCCCCUAUUAAGGAACGACAUGCUUUGUCUAGAAAACAACCCAUCCCACUCACUUCCAGUGCCAACUGAAAAAAAGUUGGAUCUUCUAUCGCAUAUCUUUUGUCUCUAGUACGACGCAAGGUUCUAUUCUUUGAUAUCUAAUAAAAGACACGUGUUAUCUUAAGAAACGCGAUUGUUAAUCGAUUUUGAAAAACACCCUGAGGCUGCCUAGUCAAGUGAAACAGUUGAAAGCUACAGAGAAAGCCGUGAGUUCGUCUGGUUAUCAAGUUCAUUCGCAAACUUUUAAUAUGAUUAUUAUUGCUAGAAAAAAAAAACAGGUUAAAGUGGUCAAUUGAGCUGUUAAUUUAAUUGGAGCUAGAAAGUGGGGAGAAGUUAAAAAUACUCACCCUUAACGGGUAAUAAAGAAAUUAAAAUUUUCGAAACAUUAACGCCGGUUGCCAUAGUAAAAAAAAAUUGUACUAACCAAAAUGCAGAGUUAUGAAUCGCCAAAAUAUAAAAUUGGUAUACUUUUGCAACGAUCCCUGUGCGUUUUUCUUUACAAAUGUUGCCCUUCAGUAGUAUUGUCUUUUAUUGAUUAUGAGCGACAUUAAAAUGUAUUUAAAUUAUUUUGAUCCAACUUAUUUUUUGAAAAUAUUAAUAAUGAUGGAAAAUUAUAAAACAUUUUAGUAUUAAUGUCCUCUUGUUUAAUUUGAGAGGAUGUUAUAACACCGUAGAAUGCUUACGAUUGGACAAUUAAACAACAAAAAAUAAAGGAACUCAAUUCUUUCAAAAAUUGUCAUCCGGAACUCUUAGAACUUCCCUGCUUUGUUUUCUUCCUAUGAUUAACAUAAAGUUCUUCCGUUCUGCUUUUUAUAGUUGUCACGAAAUAACCAGACACUAUGUCACGCUAUUGACGUCAACUUAACAUACUUUACGUUGUAUCAAAAUGCAAACAGCUUUUAGCUGACGAAAAUUCGAACGUUUCUAGAUUUUUUUACCCGUGUAUUGCGAAAUUUGGUGCCGCUCAAUAAUAAAACGAAUAAAACACAAUUUUUAUCAGCAGCAUCACACUUGACUUGAUAAAAUCAUUGAUGAUAUAGCAUCAUUCACAUAACCGAGUCCGGUCGGUCGAAUGCGUACUAGCAAGAUACCUUCCUUCUAGGCUUCUUGUACAUGUUAAACUCUCUGUUUUCGGUUCAAAAGAUUCUAGCUACAAGUAUGAAAGGAAUAAAAGUUACAAGUAAUGGUUUGAUAAGGAGUGUUUCGAUCGAAGGAUCUAGGUAUUGCCAGUCAUGUACAAGUUUACUUAGCGUGACAAAAUAGUAUGCUAACGUCAUCCCUCUUCGUAAACAGGAUGACAAUUAGAACUUCCUGUCUGACAAAGCGAUGAAUAUAAAAAGGGCAUCUUGCAGAUCAAAAAUUUCAAAUUGCAAUUAUCGAAGUUUGUGAAGUUUGCAUAGUGAAGAAGGACUUACUAGCGACCGAAGACACCAUGGUCACUUCAAUGACAACAUACGGACGAGGUACUUAUUAACUUCUUACUUUUCCAAUAAUGUUUAUAUUUUAUGCCCUACCCACCUAGUAAUUACAGCCGGGAUAGGGACAUUCCCCUGGCAAGAGCAAGAGCCGACAGUUUUUUAAGGGAAUUAUUAACCCAGUGAUACGGUUCCGUAGCCUAUGAGGCCUGACAUAGCACCGGUCGGACGCAUUUCUUACCUUUGCAUUUAAAAACAUUAUCAAAUUCCCGUGUAAUGAUUGCAACAGUUUGUAGAAAAUUUACUUACAUUUUGAAAGGUUGCGCUACAUAACACAUCUAUAUGUAAUGUGUUUGCGAAAACAUGUUACAUGAAUUAGGCCGGAUAGCUUGUAGGGAGCGCAGAACAACUCUGAACUGAUUCUAAUUCGCACAUAAACUGCUCCACACCGCUCUUCAAGCAGUUUUAUUCUGCUUAAAUUAAGGCAGUGUGAAUGAGUGGGCUGCCUUGAAAAUCGUGACUAUCAUAGGAAACUGCUCUCUUCCGGCGGUGGCGAUUGGGCGAUUAGAACACUGAAAAUAGAUUCAAAAAAGAGAGAUUCUGUUGUUUUGAUGGGUAUUUUGAAAAGUAAAUCCGAAUAUAUACGAAGUUAAAGUACAGUUGUAAAGCCGCAACUGAGGCACGAUUAGAGAACCGACCGAGGUACCUUAAAACUUGACAUUGAGAGCAAAUCCUCACAGUAGAACGUUCUAUUUGAUCUUAGUUGAAGCAGCUCAAGAAACAGAAAAAUCCAAUCCCCAGCAGCCGAACGAGUUUUAUAGUCUGUGCGAAGACAAGGAUCAACCAAGUCCUGGCGCUAAAGAGCCUCGCUACAAGAACAUCGUGCAUCUGUGGGAGUAUCUCCUGGAGCUACUGGCAGAAGAUAGCUGCCGCUCAUUGAUUACUUGGAGUAACAAGGAACGCGGAGAGUUUAAACUGAAAAACCCUGGCGAGGUGGCGAAGAGAUGGGGACUCCUGAAAAGAAAGAGGGGAAUGAAUUAUGAGAAAUUGAGCAGAGCCUUGAGAUAUUACUACCAACAAGGAAUAAUUAAGAAGGUGAAUUUCAAGCUUUAAAUGUUUAAACCUUUUUUCUUUCUUUUUUUUUGGCAAUAUAAUGAAAUGAUGAAUAAUGAAACACUGUUCUUGAAUCGAUGAGCCUCUCAAGUGACGUGUACUCUUAAGGCUUUCCUGGUGUCAGUUUAAUCUUGAAUUUCAUUUCAUUGCUUGAGUUUGAAACAACAAAGAUCCUUCCUGAACAGAGAUUCAAUUCAAUAAAGGUUUGUUACUUCGACAUCUUGCACAAAAUGUUGAUAAUUCACAAUCUUUACCUUCAAUCAAGAUUAUCGACGAGGGAUCAAUACCAAAAAUGAGAUACAAAACUUGAUAGUGAAACUGAAACACUUUAGAGAUCUUUUGAUCAGUUAGGUAAAGGUUUUAAAUGGACAUCUUCCGUUUACGUAUUGGCUUGUUAUUAAUCAUUUUUUCAACUUGUUUUUACUCAGGUCCCUGGGCAAAGGUUGGUGUACAAAUUUAACAAGCUCCCUUACAAAUAUGAACCUGGCGUGACUAGAGCCACGCGUCACGCAAGCAAGAUAAGUGCAAGUAUACACGAAGAACAUGAGCAAAGGCUAGUCACACCACCAUCUCCCACGCUAGUCACGCCACCAUCUCCCUCGAAAACCAGUGCUUUCGAGGAAAAGCCUUCUUCGCCUUUCUCCCCAACCACCGUUCCGUUCAGCAAAAGCUGGUCCUGGCCAGUGGUACACGUUCCAAGGUGCCCUUUGUGCUCUUGUCCAAGUAACAUUCCACUACUUUGCUCUACCGGAAGUGGAAGCAAUCGAAGCAGAAUUAUCUUCCCUUCAGUCAAUCAAAUCACGCCGUCGUGGCCAAUUCCUGUUAUUUUUAAGCCAAAUGAGCCACUUUCUCCUGUUUAUGAGCCCAGCUGUCCUCCUGCCUGGAAAAUGUAG